AUGCCGCCCAAGUCAUCUGGGAAAAAGCGCAGAGAAGGAGAAAUCACGAGAAUGUCUCUCAACAUGUCCUUUACGGAGGUCGGACCUUUGUUAUCCAAUUGGUGGGACGAUAUAAACCACUCCACUGCCUGGCAGGACGGGAUCUACUUCUCCCUCUGCGCUGCUUAUGCCCUCGUCUCCGCUGUUGCUCUGAUUCAAUUAAUUAGAAUUGAAAUGCGAGUGCCGGAAUACGGUUGGACUACACAGAAGGUUUUUCAUCUUAUGAAUUUCAUUGUAAACGGAGUGCGUGCAAUUGUUUUUGGAUUUCACAAGAUGGUAUUUCUUUUGAAGCCAAAGGUCUUAAUUUUUGUGCUGGUGGAUCUUCCUGGACUGCUAUUUUUCUCAACCUACACCCUACUUGUCCUAUUUUGGGCAGAGAUAUAUCAUCAGGCAAGAAACCUUCAAACAGAUAAGCUCAGGAUUGUAUACAUUUCAGUUAAUGGCGGAAUAUACUUUAUACAGGUUUGUCUUUGGAUAUACCUGUGGAUAAAUGACAACAGUGUUGUGGAAGCCAUUGGAAAGAUAUUUAUUGCAGUUGUAUCAUUUGCUGCAGCACUCGGUUUCCUUUUGUAUGGAGGGAAACUAUUUUUCAUGCUGAGGCACUUCCCUAUUGAAUCUAAAGGGCGAAGAAAGAAGCUCCAUGAGGUUGGAUCAGUUACUGCAAUAUGUUUCACCUGCUUUCUUAUCAGAUGCUUUGUGGACGCAUUAUCUGCUUUUGACUCAUAUGCAUCCCUCGACGUGUUGUAUCAUCCAGUCUUGAACUUCAUCUAUUACAUGCUGGCUGAGGUCCUGCCAUCAGCACUUGUCCUCUACAUCUUGCGGAAGCUACCCCCCAAGAGAAUAUCAACACAGUACCACCCAACCCAUUAGCCCAGCCUAAUCUUCAUCCUUGAAAGGUUUCCUCAUUUAGAAUCUCGAUGAGGUUCUGGAGGUGUAUUGCAGUUGGAGGAAGAAAAGCAGAUGAGUGGAGAAAAUGGAUGCAGAUGUGUGAUGCUGGCAUGGCUCAGAUCUCUGCAUUUACUUAUACGGGGCUCUUCUAAGCUUGUGGGGAGAAAUCUGUUUUCCAGGUUGAAGCAAUUGGUUAUGGAAAUGGCAUCGAGAGUUGGUGCAUAUUUGAUGAUGUCCGUGUUUCAUUUAUUUGACAAAUUGAUGUCAAAAUUUUGCAGGUUCUCUGCAGUGGUUAUAAAGGGUCCUUUACCUUUCUAUUUUCUGGAUUUCUGAUUUUGGAAAGGCACAUGUAAGAACAAAAUUUUUUGUAACACUUAAGAUGUAUAUUUAUUUAGAGUCACUUCAUAUAGUUGGAGAGGGAGGCAUAUUGAUUACUGCAAUCCAUCUCUGGCAAAUGGAGAACCUUCUAAGAUCAUUAUAUGUGAUUAAAUAUUGAUAUAAAUUCUAAGAAUGCAGAGACUUUGAGUUCAGGCACCA